ACAAGCAGUAUGGCAGCUCCCGUGAACAGUGUGGUUAACUCUUCAGCGAAAUGUUCGUCGUUCAAUGCUACGAGUUUUCAGAAGAAGACAAGAAGCAGGUUAAUUUCUAUACCUGGUACCAGACCGUCGGUACAAAAUGGACAACUCCUCGUGUCAACCGGUGUCACGUCACUCGACUAUUUGCUCGGUGGUGGCUUAGCAGUUGGAACAGUACUUCUCAUUGAGGAGGACCGAUAUGAUAGCUACUCUCGUAUGAUCUUAAAGUACUUCCUGGCAGAAGGAGUGGUGUGUCGACAUGAACUUUUCGUGGCAUCAGCUCAACAUACACCAGAUGACAUCCUCCAGGAACUUCCUUCUCCCAUCUUGGAUGACGUUGCUAUCCACAAACCGGUUGAGCAGCCCAGACUCUCUCAUGAACCUCAGGACAGUUUGGAUGCCAUGAAGAUUGCCUGGCGCUAUCAGAAUCUUCCAAAGGUCCAGACUGCCCUGGCAUCCUCAUCUCGAUUUGGGCACUACUAUGAUGUUUCCAAGAUGAUGGAGGCAGAAAUUCGAGAGGCAGCCAAGUGCCACCGCUUCUACCUUCCAGAACAUCCCACCCAGUCAUCACCCACACACAGUCCAAUGCUUGAGUCCUACUCUGCGUUGCUGAAGUCUCUUCGAGAUGUCAUUCAAAGGGAGGGCUUUGAAGUAACAGCCCCGAUGUCAAAAUCACGUAACAUAUUGCGUAUUGGGCUACAUUCCCUUGGCUCAACUCUUUGGGGUGAUGACCUGUGUUGCCAUGACAACCCCAGGCAUGGCCACGCCUUAACUACCUUUCUGUAUGGACUUCGUGCUUUGCUGAGGUCAUCGCUGUCAGUUGCAGUUGUUACUGUGCCUUCACAUCUCAUUCAGAACAGAGCUUUAAUGGGCAGGAUAACCAGGCUAUGUGACAAUGCCAUAGCCCUGGAAUCAUUCAAAGGCUCUGAGAGGGAAGCCAACCCACUCUACAAAGAUUACCAUGGUUUACUGCAUGUGCGCCAAGUGCCUCACCUGAACUGUCUGGCGAGUCAACUCCCUGACCACAAGGACCUGGCAUUUAAGCUCAAGAGGAAACAGUUCAGUAUUGAGCGACUGCAUUUGCCUCCAGACUUGUCUGAGACGGUGAGUCGUGUGAGCAGGGGGGAGCUGGCAGGAACAGCCAUGGUGGGUUCAGCCUGUGGCUCUGGCACUUCCGGCAACAAACACCUGGAUUUCUAGAGCUCCCACAUAGACGCCACAGGCGAGCAACACCUGGAAUGCUACGGCGUUGUCCUCUUUACCGUGGUGACCGGGUUGUUCCUUCGCCCACCUAAUGUCAACUGCAAUAACCCUGGCAGCCAUUACCACCUGCCAACUGUCCCAGCCAGGGGUGAAGAUCUAAACAUCCACAGAACCUCUUACUAUGAAAAACACGUCACAGUUCCAUUUCAAGACUUUUAAAGAAAUAUAAAGAUCUACAGUGCACACUACCAUGGUGGAAAAAAGUUUCCGGACACUGUUAAAAUCUCAAAUAUCAGCAUGAAAUAUUUGCAGAAAAAUAUUUUUGUGUUUUAAAAGAUGUGGCUGAAACAGACAGACAUUUUUUUUUUUUUGUUUAUUGUU